CACAUUUUUAGCACAACUGCGCAUGCGCAAUUGCUCAGCCAUCCGGGAGAUUUUUCGAUCCAAGAUGGCGCCGAUUGGCGAAAACGAAGAGAGGAUGGGUUCGACUGUAGCAGAUGAUGAUGAAAAUGAGAGCCAAACUCUCUGGGCAACCAUCUUGGGAGAAGUUCAGUCAAGUUCAGCAACCAAUUUGCCAUCAACAAAAUCAGUAUUAGUACUAGGUGACAAUGAGAGCGGUAAGACCACAUUGGUGGCACGUCUACAGGGGGUGGAGGAACCCAAAAAAGGCUCGGGCCUGGAGUACUACUACAUAGACGUCAAAGAUGACUACAGGGACGAUCAAACACAUGCUGGAGUGUGGGUCUUGGAUGGGGACCCCAGUCAUACUGGCCUACUGAAGUUUGCUAUCACAGAAGAAAACUUUGAAAAUAUUCUAGUCUUGCUUGUGGCCUCCAUGAACCAUCCUUGGUCCAUCAUGGAGUCACUCAACAAAUGGGCAUCCUACCUACAGGAGCAUAUAGACAGAUUAAAACUAAAACCAGAAGAUCGUAGAGAAUUUGAGGAAAGCUUGAUCAGAUUCUUCCAAGAGUACACAGAACCAGAUGAGAACAGCUCUGGGAGUCAGGUUCCCUCCCACAGGCGGGACGUGAACCCCCUCCACCCCACAGCCAGUCACACAGAGGAAGACAAAGUCUUACUACCUCUAGGAGAAAACACCCUAUCACAGAAUCUAGGAAUACCUAUAGUAGUAGUUAUAACUAAGAGUGAUGCAAUCUCAAAUUUAGAAAAAGAGCAUGACUUUAAAGAAGAGCACUUUGAUUUCAUACAGCAACAUAUUAGGAAAUUUUGUUUGCACUAUGGUGCAGGAUUAGUUUAUACCUCUGUCAAAGAAGAGAAGAACUGUGAUUUAUUGUACAAAUAUCUAGUGCAUAGAAUUUAUGGCUUCCCAUUUUCGUCACCAGCAUAUGUAGUGGAAAAGGACUGUGUUUUUGUUCCUGCUGGUUGGGAUAAUGAGAAGAAGAUUAGUAUAUUGUAUGAAAAUUUACACUCCAUGAAACCAGACGACUGUUAUGAAGAAGUCAUCACAAAACCUACUAGUACAAGGAAGCCAAUACAAAGGGAUGCUGAAGUGGUUGCUGAAGAUGAACAAGUUUUCCUGAUGAAACAACAGAGCAUUCUGAAUAAACAGCCAGCACCUGGACCUGCUGGGGAGACACCACCAAGACAGGCGGCUCCACCCCGGACCACUCCCCCUCGUACCCAGACCACUAACAGUACGACAACCCCCCUCACCAGCUCCCCAAAGAAGAUGGAGGCAGGAAAGGGGACUCCAACCAGCGAAGGCAUGCUGGCCAACUUCUUCAACAGUCUACUGAACAAAAGUACUGCAAAGACACCAGGUGCCACAAAAGCAGGAGAUCUAACAGAUAAAGCUGCCGUAUCACGGGAAGCUGCAGCCGAGUUGGAGCGAUUGCAGAAGUCCAAGAAGAUGACGCCAGAAGUGAAACCCAAUGGACCGGACAGUGCUGCAUCGUGAAAACAAAUCAAACACCAUACAGACUGACAACACAAGAGCACCUGCUUCCUGUCUGUAUAUAGAUCUAGGGGGCCGGAUGUCUAUUCUGCUUCAUUUUCUGUGAUGAACCAUAUGAUAUAAGUAUAUAAAAAACAUCCUGGGUGGAGAAAGUUAACCAUAUGGUAUUCAUAUGAUUUCAUAGGUAGUUGUAUGGUGGGAUUUCCCUGAAAUCCUCUUCUUUUUUUUUGAAGUUCUGGGUUGCCAGACUGGAGUAAUAAACAUGUGAUGUGAUAUUCAGAUGUUAAUAUUUAUUCUGCACCAAGUCCCAGGUUAACUAAAUCAAUAAAGAUGUAUAUAGUCUGUUUGUGUGGAUAAAGAGACUAAGGCCUGCAGGUACUUUUGAUUAAGAAUCCUCUCCACAUUUUAUUUAUCGUAGGAAAAGCCAGUGUAUCUUAUUUUUAUUGAAGCAUAUUGUGAAAAAUGGGUUGUUCUGUUAAGCUACAAGUGACGUGUUGAUAGCUUUUUUAAAAGUGCUGUAUUAUUUAUUUCCAUCUUUAUGAUGUUUUUUGCCUACAGCCACCCACUUUGGUAGAAAAUCUGGUUGAAUUAAAUGUCAGAAGAAUGGCUGUGUCAAUUCAAAUGUUUACAUUAAGAUAUACAUGUGCAGAGAUUAAACAGAAAAGGGAAAUAAGCCAGUCAUCUUUGUGGGUGAAACCAUAUACAUGUACUUUUGCAAAAAGUUAUCAAGUCAUUUUAUAUAAAACAUACAGGAAAGAUUACACUUUUGUUUGAUAAAUUUAACUACUUAAUAUCAAAACUUUUCUCUUGUAAUUAAUAUAUGUAAUAGUGUGUUUGAUCAAUUUUUCUAUAAAAAAAAAAAAGGUAAAACAAAUUUUGUAUUCAUUUAUGUCUUCCCUUCAAAUUAAAAAAGUUAAUUUUUUUAUAGUAGAUAAUUUUUGUUGCAGUUGAAAGUUGUUAAAGACAUCACAUUUUUUUUAAAAUACAGUAUCUCCCCUAGAAGUGCUCUUUGCCUUGAAAUGUGUUGAUCCAGAGGGGUACAAAUGUCCAUUUCCAAUAAUUUACACUGUCUAUAGUCCUAAUGGCAAGGUCCCCCUUAUUGUUCGCCCAUUAAAUGCUUGACAAAUAAUUGUGCACAGAAUAUUUUUUUUUCAGUAUUGAUAUUGAAUUUCAAAGUGACAUGGCUAUGUUGGAAAUCUCCCAUUUAUUAUUUAAGAGAGAAGUUUGUCUCAUAUCACAUGGGAAGCUAUAGUGCAAUAUUUAUAUACUUUUACUACAAUAAUUGUCUAUGUAUAAUGGUGCAGAUGAAUGCGGCAAGUUUGAUUAACUCUAGAAUUUUUACUUUUUUGCAUAAUUACAUUACUGUGUGCUGUAAAUGGUAUUUAUUGUGUAUUGCUAAUAAAAAUUGUGCAUUUAUUUGAAGAAUGGAAUUAUGAAAAGGCUGUUUAAUAGUUCAGUGUAAACAAACAGUGUAUAUGUAUCUGAUUUCUUUAUAUUUUGCACAUUUAGUUUGAAAAUUACACAAAAAAAAUGUUAAGAAACUUUAUAAAAAAUUUGGUUAGUGAUAUAAUUUUGUACUUAAUUUUUUUCCUGUAAAUACAUUUUAUUAUCAUAUUCUUAUGGUACAGAUUAGCUGCAUUAUCAUUUAAAGGAGAAGUAUGUUUCCCAUGACAUUUAAAAACUCUGCAAGUAUUUAAAAGAGAAUUUAGAAUAUCAAAGAGGAAACGGUUUAAGGAAUAAAACUUUUUCUGUGUGCACCUUCUUUUAAAGACAAAUUAGCAUUAAAAUUUAUGAAAACAUAAACAUUUUUGCAGGAGGAAAUAUUAUCAGAUGACUUGAUUUUAUUUAUUGUUAUCAUUUAGACACUGUGUUCGUUUUUCAUUUGUCUUGCCUAAACAACAUUUUAUUUGUAGAACUCAUGAGCUAGUCAAGUCAGUUCAUAACACUGUAAACUUGUUUGAAAACAGAGAUUUUUGUAUUUAAACAGUCACAGCUAGACUGAAAUGUUUUAAGUUCAUCAUAACAUUCCAUGUAAUGUUAGGAAACAGUUAAAAAGAACAGUACCUGAUUAUACUUAAAAAAAGAGAUAUCCAUAUAUAACAGAGAAGAAUAUGUUUCACAAACAAGCUCAUACUUUUAAUGCCUUAGGUUUUUUUUCUCCAGAUUUUAUAACUUUGCAUUAUGUUAAAUACUCCAAAACAUAGGAACUAUUUGCACUCAGUAGCUUUAGAGACAGAAAAAAAAUCACUAAUAAUUGCUGUAUACAACAAAUAUAAUUGAUUAAUAUGGUUAUAUUUUUAUGAAAAAGAAAAUAUUGCUGUCCAACAUCAAUAUGAAUAAUGUUUUUGACAAAAAUUAUUGAAAAAAUAUAAGUUGCAUUUGUGGAUAAGGCAAACCAUGAGAGUGGUCACAGGACAUUGAAUACUGAGGUGUUUGUUGACCCCUAUGUUGGCCAGUUAUUUAUGUAUACGAGAUGCAAAUGAAACCUUUUAGCCUAUUUAUUAAAGCCAAAGCCAUUUUGUAUUGAUUAGCUACAGUUAAUGGGUCAUGGAUUUUGUUUACUUGAAAAAAUGAAAUAAAUGUUGAAACAUCUCA